UUGAAUCGUCCUGGCAGUUGGCAAAGAGGCAAGAGAGAGAAAAUGAGAUUUUUUAGAGAGAGAAACAAACAAAUACGAGACAAACAUCAUGGAGACAACGACAUACCCCCUCAACUAUAUCCUCUCUCAAUAACCUCUCUCAUCCAAUCCGAAAAUUAGGGUUUUUUUCUCUGUUUCUCUCUCUCUACCUAGCUUAAUUUCUCUCUCUAGAAAAAGUUUGAAAAAAAAAAUUGGGGGUUUGUUUUGUCUGUUAUUGGAAGAAGAAGAAAGAUGAAUAUGAUGACGAUGGAGGGUAUGAUGGAUCAGGCGGUUUUGGAUGAUAUAAUUCGGAGAUUGUUGGAUGGUAAAGGAGGCAAACAGGUACAGCUCUCCGAGGGUGAGAUCCGUCAGCUCUGCGUCAACGCUCGCCAAAUCUUUCUCUCUCAACCCAAUCUUCUUCAGCUACAUGCUCCCAUCAGGAUCUGUGGUGAUAUACAUGGACAAUACCAGGACCUAUUGAGGCUUUUUGAAUACGGUGGUUACCCUCCUGCUGCAAAUUACCUCUUUCUUGGGGAUUAUGUAGAUCGAGGCAAGCAAAGCUUGGAAACAAUAUGUUUGCUAUUGGCAUAUAAAAUAAGACAUCCUGACAAAAUUUUCCUUUUGAGGGGAAACCAUGAAGAUGCAAAAAUCAAUAGGAUUUAUGGUUUUUACGACGAAUGUAAAAGGAGAUUUAAUGUUCGGUUGUGGAAAAUAUUCACGGACUGCUUUAACUGCUUGCCUGUUGCUGCACUCAUUGAUGAAAAAAUAUUCUGUAUGCAUGGGGGACUUUCUCCAGAGUUGCAAAGUUUUGAUCAAAUAAAAGAAAUUCAGAGGCCCACUGAUAUUCCAGAUAGUGGUCUUCUAUGCGAUCUGCUUUGGGCUGAUCCUGAUUCUAGGAUUGAGGGAUGGUCAGAUAGUGAUCGAGGCGUGUCAUGUACUUUUGGAGCUGACAAAGUGGCCGAGUUUUUGGAUAAGAAUGAUCUAGACCUCAUUUGCCGUGGUCAUCAGGUGGUGGAGGAUGGAUACGAGUUCUUUGCUAAAAGAAGACUUGUCACGAUAUUUUCAGCUCCAAACUAUGGUGGGGAGUUUGACAAUGCAGGUGCUCUAUUGAGUGUUGACGACUCUCUAGUAUGUUCUUUUGAGAUAAUCAAACCAGUUGAUUAUAGACCAGGCGGUUCGAAGUUGCCUCUAAAAAAGCCCCCUAAACUUGGAAAGGCCUGAUAUAUGACAAGUAUUUGAGGAUUUCUUCCAGUCAAUGGUGAAGAAGUGCAAGCUCAAUUCUUGCUAGUUAUGAAUUUUCUGUUAAUACACCGGCAUUAUUACGGAGAAGUCAGUCAUCUUAAACCCAUGUAAAUUCAGAUCUAUCAUGAUUUUGAAGCUUGCGCAGAAUCCGAUUGUAGUGGAGAUUAUGGGAAGAUUUGUAAAUCAUCAAACUGAUAACCUUCUGCACAGGAACUUAGAUUUCACUUUGCUUGAUUUAGACACAGUGUUGUAUCCGAUCAUUGGCAUUGAAAUUUGAAAGUGUUGAUUGAGGGUAAAUACGACCGUAGAUUUUGAGUCUUUUUUUGUA